UUUACAGUCAUGUCUUCGGUGGACGUAAAUAAGGGUAUCACCUCCCAUAAGACUGCCACAAUCCGAAAUUACACAACACAGCCACGUCUUAUCUACAAAACCGUCAGUGGUGUAAAUGGACCGCUAGUAAUCCUCAACGAUGUCAAGUUUCCUCAGUUCAGUGAGAUCGUUCUCCUCACAUUGCCGGAUGGAACUAAGCGAUCUGGGCAGGUUCUUGAGAUCACAAGAAAUAAGGCUGUCGUCCAGGUUUUCGAAGGAACCUCGGGUAUCGAUGCCAAGAACACCAUUUGUGAGUUUACCGGUGAUAUCCUUCGUUCACCUGUAUCUGAAGAUAUGCUCGGUCGUAUCUUCAACGGAUCCGGAAAGCCUAUUGACAAGGGACCACCUGUGCUAGCAGAGGACUUCUUGGAUAUUAACGGACAACCUAUCAACCCUUGGUCCCGUAUCUAUCCUGAGGAAAUGAUUCAGACCGGUAUCUCUGCUAUCGAUGUCAUGAACUCCAUCGCUCGUGGACAAAAAAUUCCCAUCUUCUCUGCUGCUGGUCUCCCUCACAACGAAAUUGCAGCGCAGAUCGUACGUCAAGGAGGUCUUGUAAAGCUACCUGAUAGCAAUCAUGAAGCUGAGUCUAACUUCGCUAUCGUGUUCGCUGCUAUGGGAGUCAAUAUGGAGACUGCUCGUUUCUUCAAGCAAGAUUUCGAAGAAAAUGGAUCCAUGGAGAACGUAUGUCUUUUCCUCAACUUGGCCAACGAUCCAACCAUCGAACGUAUUAUCACACCUCGUCUUGCUCUGACUGCUGCUGAGUUCUUCGCCUAUCAAUGCGAGAAACACGUACUCGUGGUACUUACCGAUAUGACUUCUUACGCCGAAGCCCUUCGUGAGGUGUCCGCUGCUCGAGAAGAAGUGCCAGGACGACGUGGUUUCCCAGGUUACAUGUACACUGAUUUGGCUACUAUCUAUGAGCGAGCCGGUCGUGUAGAAGGAAGAGAUGGUUCCAUUACUCAAAUUCCAAUUCUCACCAUGCCCAACGAUGAUAUCACUCAUCCUAUCCCUGAUCUCACCGGAUACAUCACUGAAGGACAGAUUUACGUUGAUCGUCAGCUCCAUAACAGACAGAUCUACCCACCUAUCAACGUAUUGCCAUCUCUUUCGCGUUUGAUGAAGUCUGCUAUUGGUGAGGGAAUGACUCGCGAGGAUCACUCGGAUGUGUCUAACCAGUUGUACGCUUGCUAUGCUAUUGGUAAGGAUGUGCAAGCCAUGAAGGCCGUCGUAGGAGAGGAGGCAUUGUCAUCCGAUGACUUGCUGUAUCUUGAGUUCUUGAUCAAAUUCGAGAAGAAUUUUAUCUCACAAGGAAACUAUGAGAACCGAACUGUGUUUGAGUCGCUUGAUAUUGGAUGGCAGUUGCUACGUAUCUUCCCAAGGGAAAUGCUUAAGCGAAUCCCCGAAAGCACACUUGAAAAGUACUAUCCUAGAGGUGGAGUGAAAACUGAGUAGUUGGCACUACUUAGCUCGUAGACUGUAAACUGUAUCUACUUAUUAUGUCGAACUUACAUUGUCCAGUGUACUCGAAAGUAUUCUCAGAGCAUGUCAUUGUCGUUCUUGUGCUUACUUUUUGUGUUCUCAGCAGUACUACCAACAAUAUGUGAUCAAAUGAUGAUUCCACUGUGGUGUUUUCGGUAUCUCCAAACGAUUGUGAUGAUUCGGUUUCCUAGACCGAAAAUGGAGCUGGCAAAUCGCUCCCAACGAAAGAUUUUGUUAAUAAAUUGAAUAAAGAUUUAUUUAGCUGAC